GGUGACGGUAGAAGGUGGCGAGCGUCGUUAGCUGUACACCGUUAGCGCUUCAGAUGUGACUGCAUUGGACUGCCGUACUGCUGCUGUGCCAAACAUGGACGCGGGACAAGUUUGACUGGAUUGCCAUUUUCCCAUCUACUUGUACUGCUUUUGAUCCGCGCACUAUUGAAUGUUAUGAGGCGCCAUGAUCCAACCAGAGGAGGAUUAUCGUGCACCCCCAGUAGACAGCAUGGCCACCAAAAGGCACUCCGCUGAAAGGUGACCUCCAGACACUUCACCUCCCCAAAACAUUUGAAUAUGCCAGGACAUAACAAUGAGCUCAAACAGCACAGACCCUGGUCUCUUCCUGACUGCCAACACCUCACCUCCAGCAGCCGGAGCCUACCCACAAUCCAAUGCUCUCCACCAAGGAGGAACUGGAGGAGCACCUUGGUUGGUUUUUCAUGUGAAUAACCUGGAUGAUAAUUCCUCUUCCACCAGCAAACUCUUAAACCUCACCUCAGAAUCACAAAAUGGGAACAGAACUGCGGCCCUUGAUCCCUUUGGUGGCCACCCUGUGUGGCAGGUUGUUCUCAUUGUCUUGUUGACAGGCAUGCUGUCACUGGUCACCAUCAUCGGCAACAUCCUGGUUGUGGUAUCCUUCAAGGUUAAUCGCCAGCUAAAGACGGUCAAUAACUACUUCUUGCUGAGCUUAGCUGUGGCUGACCUCAUCAUAGGGGUCAUCUCCAUGAACCUCUACACAGCUUAUAUUGUGAUGGGCUACUGGGCCAUGGGCAACUGGGCAUGCGACCUGUGGCUGGCUAUAGACUAUGUAGCCAGCAAUGCAUCAGUUAUGAACCUGCUGGUCAUCAGCUUUGAUCGCUACUUUUCAAUCACCAGGCCUUUGACCUACCGGGCCAAACGUACCACAAAGCGAGCUGGGAUCAUGAUUGGCCUAGCUUGGUUUGUUUCUCUUGUUCUGUGGGCCCCAGCCAUUCUACUAUGGCAGUAUUUUGAGGGUCAAAGGACAGUGCCCUCAGAUGAAUGCUACAUUCAGUUCCUCUCACAGCCCACUAUAACAUUCUGUACAGCUAUUGCAGCUUUCUACCUGCCUGUGACAAUAAUGAGUAUUCUCUACUGGCUCAUUUACAAGGAGACCCAGAACCGUUCAAAAGAGUUAGCUGGAUUGCAGGGUUCUGGGGGUCGUGGUGGGAUAGGAGGAAGAAGUGGAAAUGGUGCAGGAGAGACGGCCCGUUUUGUCCAUCAGACAGGAAGUUCUAGAAGUUGCAGUAGCUACGAGCUGACCAGGUUGUCCCAGAGAAAGAGCAGAUGUCAGGAGCUGGUUGGCCGCUUCCGCUGCUGGCCUGGGGUUCGUUCUUGGAGACCUGGUAGUACCCGGCAGGCGGAGGGUGAUCCAGACCAGAGCAGCAGCGACAGCUGGAACAACAAUGAUGCUGCGAUCUCAUUGGACCACUCUGGCUCUUCAGAGGAUGAGGACUGUGGGAGCAGAGAGAUGAUUUCCCAGAGUCAUGCUAUUUUCUCCAUUGUUCUCAGCCUGCCUGGUAUAAAGGCUGCUGUCAACUCCCAACUCACCUCAUGUGAAGAUCUGGAUGCAGCCUCAGAGGAGGAUCCCCUCAGGGGAGCAGAAUAUAACCGGGACAGCCUCUCAACAGUCACCACCAACACCACUGCCGCCACUACUCCCGAUGGAGCAAUCAAUUCAGAAAAUAGCUACCACCAACGCUUCUGCUCACGCAAGAUUCAAUCAGUGCCUACCAUCCAGGCUAUCUCUAACCAAGGCUCUCUGUAUGGUCCACCAACAACUACUACCACUGCCACCAACAGUACUACCACCAGCACCACCACUAAAUCCCCCUCUGUCCCAAUGUCCUUCAAAGAGGCAGCUCUGGCAAAGCGUUUUGCAUCCAGAGCUCGUACCCAGAUCACCAAGAGGAAGCGCAUGUCCUUAGUGAAGGAGAAGAAGGCAGCUCAAACUCUCAGUGCCAUCCUCUUUGCUUUCAUCAUCACAUGGACACCUUACAAUAUCAUGGUGCUGAUCAAUGCCUUCUGUAAGGUCUGCAUCCCGGAGACCCUGUGGGCAGUUGGAUACUGGCUGUGCUAUGUCAACAGCACAGUGAACCCCAUGUGCUAUGCACUGUGCAACAAGACUUUCCGCACAACCUUUAAGAUGAUACUGUUGUGCCGAUGGGACCAGAAAAAAAGGAGGAAGCAGCAGUUCCAGCAGAGGCAGUCAGUGGUCUUCCACAGGAGGAUUCCCAGGGAGUCCAUGUAAAGGACAGGAAGUUUGGUUGGUUGAUAAAAAGGAAUCAAAAGAUUCAACACAGGACUAGGAAAAUGAAGAAGCAUCCAUGUAGUUGUUUCUGUGGAGUUUCUUUGCUCAGAGAUCCUUAAUGUGUUUCUCUUCUGGCAUGUCAAGCACAGCAAUCCUAUGUGGUGGUCUUGAGGUAUGUGUUUGUGUCAGUGCAUCCAUUUAGCAAAGCUGUGUGUUAUGCAUGAAGGGCUGUAUGAGGUGAGGUCCUGGGAUGAAAGCUUUUCCUCUACUACAGCUGAAAGAAAAUGAACUGAGCAGAAAAUAAUAGAAAAGGGCUUUAAAUGCAUAGCAGGUGAAUUAUUGAAGUGCAAUUGACACAAGGGAAAAGGAUAUCUUUGUCACAGGGUUGGGGAUUCAUAUUUGUUAUAAUUUCUCUCUGUGGGUAGAUAGAUCUGUAACGUGCAGAGUGGUUUUGCAUUUCAAACAAAACUAUGUAUCUGUAAUACAUCGCUGAAAGUCAAGACAAAAACUAUUUUGUGUUCACAGGCUUCUGCAUUGUACUGAUUUGACCUACCAUCCUCUUGACUGGCAAGUGUUUUUAUCAGAACUUCUGUACAUUGCCUUUUUACAUGGAUAUAGCUUUCCUGUGUCUGAUGGAAUAUAAAAAGUUCUUAAAUUGUGUCCUUACUUUCAGUCAACACAGAUCUGUUAUUUUUGUGAUAUUCAUCUUUGGUUUUCUAGAUAUUCCUGAGAUUUUGAGCCAGUCUGAAAAAUGAUUCUUCUGAUGAAUUGAGUUGUGAAUAUUCUGUGUGGCACCACAGUCAGUGAACUGCUGUUGUGUUCAAUGUGUUUGUUGUGGUUUUUAUGGUGGAGACAAUAAGUACAUUGGUUGUGUUUUAUGUACUUGCAGUUCUCUGUCAAGAGUAAUGAUUAUAUGGUGAUAAUAUUCUGUUUGUGUCCAUUUGGAUAUUUCUGACUUGAUACACAAUGACUGAUUGCACACAAAGAUGUCCAUUUAUAAAGAUGUGUGUUUUGAUUUUACACUAUCUUUUAAAUUUCUACUAAAUGAUAUAUCUAAUAAGGCCUCAUCUUUGAUAUAGUAGAGCAGUGGCAGCCUCUAGUGGCCAGAGGAAGACCUGUUGUCCAGGCUGUGUCCCUGUCAGUCCAACCCCUACAGCGCAGUUUCAAAAUAUAAUUCUGCCAAUAUGAAGACAUAAAAUGGCCACAGUCGUUGAAGGUACAAUAUUUGAACUUUCUGUCAUAAGAUGAUUUUUUUUAUGGGUGAAGUUCAUGAAGACCUUUAGCAAUUGAUUGAUUGAUUUGGUCUACAGUACAUCAGGGUUUUCUAUACAGAAAGUGGGCACACACCACAUACCAACAAAAGUCAUCAUAAAGAUGCCAACCAAGGCAAGAAUUUAUUUAAAUUUUUUAUUUGUAAUGCACAUUAUGUUAUUCGUAUCUUCUUAUCUUAUCUUAUCUUGGUUUUUACAUUGUUGCUGCACCCAAAUCUUGAAUUAGGGAUGCAGCAAUCCGACUUUUUCAGUCCCGACACCAAUACCUGGGCUUUGGGUAUCAGCCGAUCCCGAGUACCGAUCCGAUACCAUUGUAAAAUUAAUAAGCUGUAUUCCUCACUGUGAGGAAGACACUGAGAAUCAUUCUUUUAUGUGUAAGGUAACAUCAGGCUUGAUCAAGUGUGAAAUACCUCUACCCCUCCACACUAUGUUCUCCCAGCAAAAUGUUGAGCUCUACAGACGCACUGCUGAUGCAUUGCGUAGUACCCCUGUAAUUGAAUUAAAUAGAUCAGCCCCAUAGAUUGCCUUCCUUUGUCACGGAUACCCACUCCAGCUAUUUGAAUCAGUAUCGGGUCGAUAUCCAAUAUCAGUAUCGGAUUGGUGCAUCCCUACCUUGAUUAUUGAAGGCAAAGGAUAUACUGUAUUAUGAUGACAGCUGGCAUACUGAAGAAUGAAUUGAUUGGAUUAUGUUGGAUGCAAACGAGAUGUUAAACAAUAUCUCACAUAGUGGAUAUCAUUGGAUGUUUUAUCUGCUUUCAACACAAUGUGCUCCAUUGUCAUAAUACAUUCUUCAUCAAAAUAGGAGAUUUUUGUACUUAGAUAUUGGGAAUGUAGAAUACCAAAAUGGUAAACACAAACAUUUUGUUACAUUUCAAGUAUGUCAAUCAUACUCAUAUUUUAAGUCAAUAAAAAAACUUUUUGACAGAAA